GAUUUGUUUUCUUCUUGGUGUUGCAUUAUUUGUCAAGUUGUGAAAAUAUAAACUGCCUAUAGAAUUGCAAAUUUUAACUAGUUAUCGCAUACAAAUUUAAAAGUAAUAAAAACAAUAGUAGUAAAUGUACAAUAAUCUGUGUGAUUUACGCAGUUUAAGGCGUGGCAAAGUAAAUAAAGGAAACUACUAAAAUCGGCGGUGCUAAAGCGUUUCCGUUGCCUUUGUAUUGACAUUCGAGGAAUUUCAUUAACGCCAGACAAAGCGAGUUUUCUGAUUGCAUGCAAAUCCAAAACGAAGUUUUGGAAAAUUUUAUAAUAUUUCGUUUAAAAACUAAAGUAUUUCAAAAACAUCGUGUUUAAUUUAGCUAACCGGUGUAUAAUGUUUAAUAAACACUUAGCAGCAAAUUCGGCAAUAAUGGAGGCGCUGGAAACACCACCUGGGAUAAGGCCGGAUGCCGCAACGCGUCCAACCAAUGCCGCAAGCGGUGAUUUCACAUCAAUCGACUGCUGCACACCUGUUGCCAAAUAUGAGCUGCCCGAUAACUCCACAGAUCAUUCAUUUCUACUAAUGGAUGCUGAAGAAAACUUACGCAUACCGACAGCGGAACGUUUUCGUCAGCGACUCAAAUGUAGCGAUGAAACAAAAAUCAAAGUGAUCUCCAUAUUCGGCAACACUGGUGAUGGCAAGUCGCACACCAUGAAUCACACUUUCUUCGAGGGCGCUGAGGUAUUUAAGACGUCAGCGGAGCAGAAUUCCUGCACGAUAGGCGUAUAUGCUGCGCUGCAGCGCAAUAUGGAUGUGCUCUGUCUGGAUACGGAGGGCCUGUUGGGCACAUCCAAACAGAAGAAUCGACGCACGCGCAUGUUGCUGAAGAUACUCGCAGUGUCGGAUAUUGUCAUUUAUCGCACACGUUCCGAGCGCUUGCACAGCGAUAUGUACGAGUUUUUGGGCUCUGCAUCGGAAGCAUUCAGUUUGCAUUUCGCGCAGGCACUACAAUCGCUGCCAGUGCCAGGCACAGCGCAAACGCUUGGGCCCGCCGUCUUUAUCUUCCACGAAACGCAGCACACAAAUCCGCUUGACAGCUCUGUUGCUGAAAGCGCCGAAGAUCAAUUGCGCAAACACUUCGACAUGCAUAACCAUAAAAUUAACGCGUUCAGCUCGUUGCGUUACAUUGGCGUACAGACGCCGAAACACAUGUCCACCGAUUAUAGCAAACUAAAGAAUGCCAUCAAAUUGGAAAUCGCCAAUACCACCGUACGUUCGCCACGUCAUCCCAGUGUUGUGUUCAAAGCGAUGAAUGCGCUCAAUACGAAAUUCUCCGGUGAGAUUAUUGAAGAAGCCAUCAAUCCGUUUCCCGAGCAAUUUUUCACCUGCCCGGUGCGUUGUGAGGCAUGCAAUCAGCGUUGUCAACGUUCAAUGGGUCAUCUGAGUGACGGCGAUGGGCAUAUGAAUCAAAACCAAUGUAAUUAUCAACAUCAGUAUGACAAUAAGAAGUAUAUGUGUGAGAAAUGCUACAACAAAGGAAAAUUGAACGUCGUCACAUUUAGCACACAAACGCGAAGUGAUAGCUCAUGGUCCGGACUGGCCAAAUAUGCAUGGAAGGGCGCCGUUAUUGAUUGUCCCACAUGUGGCGAAAUUUAUAGAUCACGCCAAUAUUGGUUUGGCAAUAAGUCACCAGAAGAGACGGCUGUUAGAUCUAUUAUUGUGCACGCUUGGGAGCCAAAAGGUCCCACACACUCGGCACAAAUGGUGCUGGAUAAAGUAUCGACGCUCGGAGAUGCACUGCCGAAAAUACAUCCGAAUGCCGUAACCGGUUGGUUAGCCGACUGGGUAGCGCCCAGUUAUUGGAAGCCAAAUAGUGAAAUUAUUUGUUGCCAUGCAUGUAAGAAAGUUUUCGAAAAUACCGGUUUGCUUAAACAUCAUUGUCGCUGCUGUGGUGAGGGUUUUUGUCACGCAUGCAGUAUGAAACGGUUGCCAGUACCAUCGCGUGGCUGGAAAGAUCCGGUGCGUGUGUGUAAUAUAUGUUAUACGCUGUUGCAGAAGCAGCCGAAUGGUGUACCGGCAAAUACAACCGAAGCAUUUAAUCAUACCAAUUCCAAUUCAAAUUCAAAUCCAAAUAAUAAUAUCACAGGCCAAACAACGACCGAGCCAGCUGACAUAUGUCUGCGCCAAAUCGGUGAGGUAAUCAUCAAUCCGUUGGGCAACAUAACGAAGGGCGCUUACGAGUUUACCAAAGGCAUCAUCAAGGACACUGCACGCCCCUCAUACUGGGUAUCUGACGGCAGUUCGCCCACGUGCCACAUUUGUCAGACGCUGUUCGGCACAGCCGAAGAGCUAGCCAUAGCUAAGGCAAGCGGCGCCCCCGGCAGCAGUGCAUGCGCAAAUCACACCGACACACAAGCAAAAGAGAAUAUUGCCAAUGGCAAUAUGAGUGACAGUGUCGCCAGUAAUUUAUCGAAUGGCGGUGGCAAGUGUAAUAAUCAACCAACGCCGAUUGGACAUUGUCCGCGUCAUCACUGUCGGCGCUGCGGUCAAGCGGUGUGUGAGAAAUGCUCACAACAACGCCAGCCAGUGCCGGAGCAUGGCUGGGAUGAGCCAGUGCGUGUCUGUGAUAAGUGUGCCGAUCCAAAGCAAUGCGAACCAAACGCUAGCAGCAGCAGCAGCAAUAAUGCUAAUAAUGUUAGCGUCGAUUGAAUGUGCACACAGCGCAUGCGCAUAUAAUUAUUUGCUUUAUUAUGAUUUUGUUUUUGUUUGAAGUUUGCAUUUAUACGCAUACGCCACUUGCACGUGGUGGCAUUUGCACAUUGGACUGAGCAGCAAAAGGCCUAAAAAUCGUUUUCGUAAAUUUUCACGCAUAAAUACAUACAUACAUAACCAAUGCUACAUUUUUUCCAUUGAUAUUCAUUUUUACACAUUGUAUGCGUGCAAAUUAAUUACAUAUAUACAUACUUAUGUAUGUAUAUAUAUAUGCAUAUAUAUAUAUAUAUCUGAAGCAUAUAAGCGUUUAAAGACCCAGUGAAAUGUUCAGCUAUGCAUUUCUAAAUACAAACAAUGGUCAGUUGAUUUUGAAAUAAAUGGUCAGUCGUACCAUAAGUAAAUAUUUUAUGUUUCUAUGACAAUGGUAAAUUAUUAUAACUGUGCUUUUGUGUUAAAAUAGCAUAAGUCGUGUUUGCCUAAUUAGUUAUUUGGAUUGUUAGUAAAACUCUAUCUCUGCUCUAAGCCAACUUAAUUCGUUGCACUCAAGUAGUUGUACUGUUCGAGUUGUUAAACAACUUAAAAUCACAUAGAAGCAGUAAGCGAGCGCCGCUUAACUCAAAUUCACCACUUUUGUUAAAGUCAACAUAAGCUACUUUUGCAUACUGUCACCGUUAUAAGAGUUAACAACUCGCACGCAAAUUAUUUUUGCAAUGAAAUUUUACUCGACGCUGCGAAAUAUGAAAAAAAAAAUUUCGCGGCGCAAACAUGUUUCAAAAAAAUAAAAGUAUUUUUAAUUUACAGUUACUACACAUAUGCACUUCUUUUAAGUUUUUUUUCUUGAUUUUAAAACUUCAAAAACCUGCAAUUUACCGUUAUACGCUUCAUAUUAUACAUGCAUAUAUAUAUAUAUACAUAUAUAUGUAUAUAUGUGUAUAGAAAAAUUAAAAAAUAUUAAAAAAAAAAAAUCGAUUUACUUUCAAAAGGCUACAAAAUUGUAAUGAAUGAUUGUGAUACUUGAUAAGCGUUUAUAUAUAGUUAUAUGAUUGUUUAUUUGUAUGCAUUGUGUGAUGCUAAAUGCUAUCCCCAAUUUAUAUUUACCACUUAGAGUUACUAUAAGUUGCAUGGUAAAAUAUAAAAUAUAAGCUACAUAGGUAUGCUACUAAUUUCGGCGUUGUUAUGUAACCUUACCAGCGCAAGUAUGUGCAAUUUGUUGUUAGUCGAAAAGAGAAAAAAAAACAACAUUUGACUACAACAAAUAUGUAUAUCUUGCUAUAUACAUAUAUAUAUAUAUACAAAAUUGUAAUAAAAAAACUAUGUUUAUACGCUAACUUAAUGGAUUCAGUGUUAUGCUAAUUUAGUUAAACAAUUUAAGUGAAGUGAAAAGUAGUUGACUUGUAUCCAAAUAAAUUUGUUUGUCUGAAAAUUUA